GUGUGUGUGUGUGUGUGUGUGUGUGUAGAGAAAGCUAUGGGAGGAAGGGAGGGAGAGGAAAGGUACUGAGUAGAUGGAUUAUCGAUGCCCGGUCGUCGUGCGAUGGGAUUGGACCGUGAUUUUAGGUAAACUGGGCGCGGGUGGACUUUUUUUUUUCUUUCUUCUUUCUUCGGGAGCCUUGUCGGUUGGAAGUACUCUUGCGGCGAAAGUGGGUGACGAGGUACUGCAAGUGCAGAACUCAGGAGAGUCCUGUUUCUGUGGUGGCCUGUGUCUUUUGUUCAACAGAUGCCUGCAGGGGUCUGUGAUUGGCCCACCACCGGACAGUUCGGGAAGUCGCGUGGCAAGGCGAGUCCACAACAGAGCACAAGCGACGAGCAAGUACUUGGUAUUCAGGUAGGCAAGCCAAGUAAACGGACGAGGAAUAGUAGCAGCAAGCCGAUAUUGAAGUAAGUGUAUCCGCGACUUGAUCCUACGUCACCCCGAUGGUUGUUGUUGGUUAUUCGUCUAUUUGACCUUGGGGGGAGAAACAAGCCAACAAGGAAGGUCCUCAAAAGUGAGAUGAGGGAGAUCGAGAUACACGCACGUACCCACACACCUGAAAGUAUCAGCGGUGUGUGUGUGUGUGUGUGUGUGUGUGUGUG